UUGAACCAGCCGCAUGUGACGACAUGACGCGUGCGUGACCGUGGCGCAGGGGGUGGGCCCGGGGCGCCGGAGCAGGAAGUGGUGGGGUUAUUACUCCGUCUGCCCCCUCCGCUGGCUCCCGGGGCGCGGAGAGGGGCUUCUGUCUCCGCAGCUGCUUCGGGCUCCCCUGCUGUCCUCCAUGUGCUUCGGCGCCGUCGCUCCCCUUCCUCCGGCCGCCUCUUAUUCCGGGGUCUAUGGAAGUAAUGGAAGGACCCCUCAACCUGGCUCAUCAACAGAGCAGAAGAGCAGAUCGUUUAUUAGCUGCAGGGAAAUACGAAGAGGCUAUUUCUUGUCACAAAAAGGCUGCAGCAUAUCUUUCUGAAGCCAUGAAGCUGACACAGUCUGAGCAGGCUCAUUUAUCACUGGAACUGCAAAGGGACAGCCACAUGAAGCAGCUCCUGCUCAUACAGGAGCGGUGGAAGCGGGCCAAGCGGGAGGAAAGACUGAAAGCCCAGCAGAGCACGGACAAAGACGCAGCUGCGCAGCUCCAGGCCUCUCACAGGCCCUCUGCGGAGGAGGCAGAAGGCCAGAGCCUCCUCCUCUCUCAGAAGUAUAGCCCUUCCACCCAGAAACACCUCCCUGAAAUUCAGGGGGUCUUUGACAGGGAUCCAGACACACUACUCUUUUUACUUCAGCAGAAGAGUGAGCCAACAGAGCCAUGCAUUGGAAGCAAAGCCCCAAAAGAUGAUAAAACAAUUAUAGAGGAGCAGGCAACCAAAAUUGCAGAUUUGAAGAGGCAUGUGGAAUUCCUUGUGACUGAGAAUGAAAGAUUAAGAAAAGAAAAUAAACAACUAAAGGCUGAAAAGGCCAGACUACUAAAAGGCCCAGUAGAAAAGGAGCUGGAUGUGGAUGCUGAUUUUGUAGAAAAGUCCGAGUUAUGGAGCUUGCCGCCACAUUCAGAAACUGCUACAGCCUCUUCAACUUGGCAGAAGUUUGCAGCAAAUACUGGGAAAGCCAAGGAUAUUCCAAUACCCAAUCUUCCUCCCUUGGAUUUUCCUUCUCCAGAACUUCCCCUUAUGGAGCUCUCUGAGGAUAUUCUGAAAGGACUCAUGAAUAAUUAAAAUGGAAGGCCAUACAAGAGGUGAGAUGAGGAAAUAAUACAGAUAACCCAGCAAAAAAAAAAAAGGGGGGGCAAACCACACGCAAGGGUAAUCCCAGAGAUGCUUCACCGUCUGGCGUACUGUGGAGGAGAGGCACUGCCAGGACUUGGGGAACAGUCACUGUGAAACAUGUCGGAUUUCUGAUUUACUGACUGCAGCUGAGGAUUCCAGACUUGGCAGACACUAAACCCUCGGAGGUUCACUUUCUCCUGAUACAAACCAAAUGGCUACCUGGAAUAAUUUUUUCAAGCAACAGUUAUUUUUCUUAUCUUCAGGGUUAAAAUGCGUAAAAGUAUGUUAUGUGUAAUUAAUCUAUAAUGCCAUAAAUGAUGAUGCAAAACCUGAAUAAUAUGGUGGCCCGCGGGGCUGCCUUGGAUUUCAAACAUGCUUUCUAUCAUGCAUUGACUGUAUGCAUUUUCUUAUGCACAUUUCAUUUGUUUCAUGAGGUGUGUAAGACACACCUUUCUCGAUGAAACUCUGUGUGCCACACUUUGCACUACUCAUAACAUAAUGAUAACCUCAAGACUAUCAGGAGAGAUAUUUAAAUUUCCAUUUUAUGAAGAACCAAAUUAUUAGUUACGCUUUUUAAAAAAAUUACCAGUUUACAUAAUUAAUCAGGGUGCAUUUUAAGUUCUAACUUUUUUUUGUUUAUUGUAUAAUGCAUCAUUUGAAAAUACCAAGGACAUAUCCUUUUGUUUUUAAUGAUGCAUGAGUGGAAGUAAUGCUAGUUGGCAGUAUUUGAUUGUAAUAAAUCAAUAAAGUAAUUGUGUUUUAUACCUUU